AUGCCUUCGUCUCAGUCUCAGUCCCCCAGAAGGGGUCGUCCGAUGCCCUCUAUCGAGCAGAGCACUCAGUCUGCGCAAUCAAACCCGAAAAGGGAGAGAGGGGUAGCCAGUGAGCGAUCACCGUUGCUAUCUCCGGACAGCGAUGACGACGGUUCCGCCGAUGGUAACACAAUUUUGGAUGAUCAGGAGGACUCACAACAGACCAAGAGCAUUUGGUACCUGAUUCUCCUUACUAUUAGCAUCGGCGGCCUGCAAAUUGCAUGGUCUGUCGAGCUCUCCAACGGGUCUCCCUACCUGCUCUCCCUGGGGUUGAGCAAAUCAUUAAUGGCCUUGGUGUGGAUUGCUGGCCCGCUUACCGGCACUCUCGUUCAGCCCUAUGUCGGCAUGAUGAGCGACAACUGCCGGUUGCCGUGGGGCAAGCGGAAACCCUUCAUGCUCGGCGGAGCCGUCGCAACCAUCAUCUCGUUGAUGUUCCUGGCUUGGACCAAGGAAAUUGUGGGCGGCAUCAUGAGUCUUUUUGGCGCCGACGUCGAAUCUUCAGCCGUCAAAAACUCCAUCAUUUGCGUCGCCGUGGUGGGCAUCUACGUCCUCGACUUCGCCAUCAACACCGUGCAAGCUGCCAUCAGGGCCUUCAUCGUCGACUGUGCACCAGCCCAUCAGCAGGAGGCAGCCAAUGCCAUGGCAAGUCGGAUCACCGGCUUUGGAAACAUCGUUGGAUAUGUCGCGGGCUAUGUUAACUUGCCAACCUACCUCUGGUUUUUGGGCGAUACCCAGUUCAAGGUCUUGUGCGCCAUCGCCAGCAUAGCCCUUGCAACAACCAUUGUGGUGAGCACAACUUUGAUCAAGGAACGCGACCCCCGACUCGAGGGCCCUCCAGUUCUGGGCAAGCCCGGCGUCUUCUCGUUCUUCAAGAAGAUCUUUGCCUCCAUUAAGCGUCUGCCGCCUCAGAUCAGGAGGGUCUGCCAAGUUCAGUUCUGCGCCUGGAUCGGGUUUUUCCCGCUUCUUUUCUACACCUCCUCGUACAUUGGUGAGAUCUACGUCGAGCCGUACUUGGAGGCCAACCCCCACAUGAGCCCGGAGGAGCUUGAUCGACUUUACGAACGCGCAACACGAAUUGGAACUUUUGCUCUUCUGGUCAACUCAGUCGUUAGCUUGCUCACGAACGUCUUUCUCCCAUUCUUUGUCGCCCCCACCUAUGAUAGCCAGCCGAUUGGCGACCUCCAAGGCGACUCUGACAGUGCAGAUUUUGACAACGAAAAGUCGUCAUGGCUCGAUAAGCUGCAGAUCCCUGGCUUCACCCUUAAGCGAGCAUGGUUCGCCUCUCUCAUUCUCUUUGCGGGCGCCAUGUUCUGCACCGUCAUUGUGCGCACGGUAGAGGCAGCGACGGCCCUGAUCGGCCUGGUGGGAAUCACUUGGGCAAUGACCUUGUGGGCGCCCUGGGCCAUUAUUAGCGCCGAGAUCAGCCGAAGAGAUGCAAAGAUUCGACAGGCGAAGCAACGUCAGUUUAGCCCCAGCAGAGACGCAGAAGGUCCGGCGUCACCUUCCCUGAACUCUGUCGCCGACUCGGACCUGACUGAUGGCGAAGAGGCCGACCAGGCUGGCGUCAUCCUUGGCAUCCACAACAUGGCCAUCGCCGCUCCUCAGAUCAUCGCUACCGUCGGCUCGAGCGUCAUCUUCCGAAUCUGGCAGAAACCCCGCGGCACCCCAGGCGACCACUCCAUCGCCAUCGUCCUGGCACUUGGUGGUAUCGCCGUACUGGUGUCAUCCUUCUUCGUAGCUAGCAUCAAAGAGAGCGCCUCGUUGCCGGCGGACGCCAUGAUCGUCGCUGAGGAGGGCGAGGGUGAAGGCGAAGCAGGAAGCCGCCCUGGAACGGCCCGGAGCCGCAACAAAAGCUACGAGCAUCUUCCGCGGGCUAGCAUCAAGCGUGCGACCCUCACAAGAAAUAAGAGUUUCGGAGGUGCCGAGUACUAA